AUGCCUCCGAACCCAAGAAAAGACCUGCCCCCUCCGGCAGAACCACAGUUCGGUCGCAAUUUCGACCCGUGGAAUUCCGUCUCGGCCGGGCACCAGCGCGCCGAGACGCGCGGGCCACAGGGAUGGCGCGAGUCGCGCAACCUGAAGAUGAAUGGCCAGUUCCGAGCGGGCAACGCGGGCGGCCAGCGCAUCCCAGACACAGUGGGCGCCGGGUCCGACGACUUUGACGAGCGCCUGGGGAUGCUCGUGCCCAAGGAGCUGCGUGCCCGCGCUGCAAAGAGCGUCGCCGACAUGCUGCGCAACCCGGGGAGCAUGCGGCGCACCACCAAAAACGCGCCCUUGUCGUCUUCCACUUUGGGUGGGUCUGGGAAUGAUGUUGCGGGGGAGGGGAACGGGGAAGAUGGCGGCGAUGCUGGGAACUCUGAGCUCGCAGAUAGGGGAUACGAAGUUGGUGACGAUGGGAGGACGAGCCAAAGACAAGUGCAACAGCAACAACAACAACAGUCCAGGAUCUUUGAUGGCCUCGUGGUCUACGUCAACGGCAGCACCCAUCCGCUCGUCUCGGACCACAAGCUCAAGCACCUGCUCUCGGAGCACGGCGCCCGCAUGUCGCUCCAUCUGGGCCGCCGUCAGGUCACCCAUGUCAUCCUGGGGAAGCCGUCCGGCCCGAACGGUGGCGCCGGCGGGGGGUUAGCCGGCGGCAAGCUCCAGAAGGAGAUACGCCGAGUUGGCGGGUGUGGCAUCAAGUCUGUGGGUGUAGAGUGGGUGCUGGAGAGCGUCAAAGCCGGCAAGCGGCUUCCCGAAGCAAGGUUCGCCCAGCUCAAAAUCGCCGCUCAGCGCCAGCAGAGUGUUCUCGGAGCCUUCUCG